AUGCAUGUGCUCUCCACUCUCCUGCCCUUGGGCUUGCUGGCCCAAGUCACUUCGGGGGCAUACACCCUACACGAGGACUAUGGUACUUCGGACUCAUUCUUUAAUAAGUUCAAGUUUUACACCGACACCGAUCCCACCAAUGGCUACGUGCACUACGUUGACCGUAGCACCGCCUCGGCCAACGGUCUGAUCAACACCAAAGACAACGGUGUCUACAUUGGCGUUGACCAUACCAACGUCGCCAGCAGGCCUGGCCGUAACAGCAUCCGCCUGGAGAGCACCAACACCUACAAACAUGGCCUCGUGAUUCUCGACCUCGCCCACAUGCCCAGCAGCACUUGCGGCACCUGGCCUGCCUUCUGGAUGCUCGGCCCCGACUGGCCCAAAAACGGCGAAAUCGACAUCAUUGAAGGCGUCAACGAACAAUCCCAAAACCAAAUGGCCCUGCACACCACCAAUGGCUGCUCAAUCCAGAGCACUGGCUUCACCGGCUCCCUCGACACAAGCAACUGCUACGUCGAAGCCAGUGGCCAGUCCGCCAACAGUGGCUGUAGCAUUCGUAACGAGAACACCCAAUCUUACGGCACGGGCUUCAACAACGCCGGCGGCGGUGUUUACGCAACCGAAUGGACCGGCUCCGCCAUUAAUAUCUGGUUCUUCCCCUCCUAUGCCGUGCCGGGCGAUAUCCACUCUGGAAAGCCGAACCCGGCCGGCUGGGGCACGCCCGCUGGGCGCUUCGCCGGCGGCUGCGACAUCAACUCGCAUUUCAACAAUCUGCAGCUCGUCUUCGACAUCACCUUCUGUGGCGACUGGGCGGGCUCGGCAUGGGGCUCAUCAAGCUGUGCCAGCAAGGCACGCUCAUGCAAUGACUACGUGAAGAACAACCCCUGGGCUUUCAAAGAGACAUACUGGCGCGUGCGUUCGCUGAAGGUCUAUCAGGACUCCGGCAGCGCGAAGAGACAUGAUGAGAAGGUGACUGGUGCUGAAGAGCUGGUCGCUAAGCUGAAUGAUGAUGAUGAGAAGCACGCGCGACGGGCCAGGGCUUCAAGGAAGCAUCGUCGUGAGCAUUACCGCCACGAUCAUGGCCAUACCUAA